CAUUCGGCCUAGAGAAGAAAAGGGAGAGAGAGAAUUUUUUUUGGGUCCUAAAAUAAUUUGGGGUGUAGAAAAUUGUUAUAAUAUUUUCUUUAAAAUAUUAUUGAUAUAUUUUCUACUAUUUAAUAUACAAGAUUUAUAUUAUCCCUAAAAUAAUCUUUAUAUUUUAAUAUACUACUUUAACACUUGCUAGCACAAGUGUUAGGGUAGACUCCGGAGAUUGUUCGUGUGUAAAAGUUAGAGGCCGGACGUUUGAACGGCUACGCUUGCUCCUUCAACAUCUUUGCUCGACUUCACGUUCAUACCGCUUUACCGGAAAAGCAAAAGGCCGAAUUGAGAUUCACAUUUAAAAAUAAGAGAUUGGGUUUGGGCUCCCCUCCUAUAAACAAAAAGAAGCAUACUCCCCUCCUCCCACCUCUUUUGAUCUCACGCAAGGAAAAAAGAGUGAGAAGAGCAGCGGAUCUUCUUCUUCAUCGCGCAACAGCGAAGUAACGGCCUCUCCUCCAACGUUCGCCAAUCAAUUCUCCAACGGGAAGUAAUUCAACGAUAAAUUACUCCUUCUUGCUCUAAAUUGGGAGGCAGCUACUCACAAACAAGAGGGGGGGGAGGAAUCACCGAGAAUAAGAGAGCCGCGGCCUGGCCGCGACAACUGCAAUUGAAGCCGCGCACCAGAGGAGGAAGCAGACGGCGGCGGAAACUGCUCGCCGGCGGACGGCGAUGGUGGGCAACAAUUUUCCUUCACGCUCCAAUUCUUCAAUUUUCUUCAUCUUUCUCAACAAUUGGUAGGGUUUGAAAAAGUAAGGGUAAAAGUGGUUUUUUAAUAGAAAUGGGUAAGGGAUUGUGAGACACAAUUUUUUUGAAACGUGUAAAUCUUUUUGGGACGGAGGGAGUAUAACAUUUACUUAGUUACAAAAUACUCCGGGUACAAGACACCAUAUUAAAAGAAUAUCGAAACAAUCAUGUAAAAGAGAUAGAGUACACACCAUAUAUAUAUAUAUAUAUAUAUAUAUAUAUAUAUAUAUAUAUAUAUAUAAAAGUUAUAAUAUAACCACAUGUAUUGUGUUAUACUCCGUAGUUAUUAUUUGUCAUCAGGAGAGGGAGAAGGAAGCAGUGUAAUAAUAAGUAUCCCACUUGUGGCGGCUGACACUGCUCCUACUAGAAACGCAGGCAAAUUCCCUCCACCGAACAAUGCGUCCCAAGGUCCACUCAUGAACGAAACCAACAUCUAACCAAUUUUUGAGCAAAAUGCUUUAAAAAAACAUUUUCAACACUUGGUUUUUAUUUUGGAGAACUUACAUUUUUGACAUCGGUUAACGGCAUGACUAAACCAACCAUGGGUCUGCCUAAACCAGCCCAACAGCGAUGUUGGUGUAACCAACAGCGCUGUCUGGCAUGGGAAGCUGAAAACCAUGGUUUGGCGUUAAGUCUUCCAACAACAAUUGUUCUUAGACACUUGAUCGAGGACGAAUUUGAUGCCGAAGACAUCAAAAAGGUGGAGAACUACGCCAAAGCAAUCAACAUGCUGUACUGCACGGUCAACCCCGAUGAUUAUCGCAAGAUCUCUUGCUGCACCACUGCCAAAGAAAUGUGGGACAAGCUGGAGGUCACAUACGAAGGUACGGACCAAGUUCGGGAAGCCAAAAUUGACUUCCUAACACAGGAGUACGAGAUGUUUAGGAUGAAGGAAGGCGAAAAGAUCGAUGACAUGUUCGAUCGGUUCUCCAAGAUCAUCAACGACCUUCAUGCCCUCAAAAAGACCUACGCCAACAAGGAUCUCGUGAGGAAAAUCCUGCGGAGUCUCACACCCGAAUGGAGAUCAAAGGCCGAUGCAAUCUACAAAUCCAUUGGAGUUUCCAAUGUCACUAUCGACGGGUUAAAAGGUAAUCUCAAAACUUAUGAAUCCACUAUUCUAACCCCGUCUUUGGAUAAACAAAAGAAGAAAGGUAUAACACUUAAAGCAACCAGGGAAACGAUGGAAGAAGUUUCAAGCGAUGACGACAACGAGUUUGGACUCGUCAUCAAGAAGUUUCACAAGUUCAUGAAGAAGGAGUUCGAGCGGAAGGGAAGAAAGCACGACGGUCCUCCCAAGUGCUACGGCUGUGGUGAGAUUGGCCACAUCAAGCCAAGGUGUCCAAAAGCCAAGCACGACAAGGACAAGCCCGGUUUCAAGAAGCAAAGGGCUUACAUCUCUUGGGCUGGCGAUUCUGGCGAUGAAUCAACUGACCAAGAGGAGGACGAAGCUGCAAAUCUUUGCCUCAUGGCGCACGAAGAUUAAAACGACGACGUCCAAAAGGUAUGUACUAUUUCUUCCGACUCUUAUACUUUUGAAGAAAUGCAAGAAGCACUUCAUGAACUUUAUGAAGAAUUUGUUAGCGCUUCCAAAACAAAUAAAUCUUUAAAGAAACG